AUGAACCUUUCAUUGGUGCUUCUAUCUGCCUUUCUGCUGCCGGUGUACGCAGUCGGUGCCCCUGGGCUAACCGUACAGACGCAACAAGGCCCCGUCGUAGGGACUCUUGUUGUGCCUACUGUACGACAGUUCUUGGGUAUACCUUAUGCUACUGCCGAUAGAUGGAAACCCCCUCAUCUCCCUGCUGUUCGGAAAGGCGUCUUCCAAGCCACAAAGUUCGGCGACUCUUGUAUCCAGGAGCUCAGUCCACCAAAUGUGGAGUUCUUGAAGCUUGCUGGUGGGCUGGGGAUUAAUGUCACCUCUUCAGAAGACUGUAUGAGCGUCAACAUAUGGGCACCUAGUGUGGAGAGGAAGCAGAAAACGUCAGUGAUGAUAUGGAUAUAUGGAGGUGGCUUCGUCUUCGGAACGUCCCUCUGCAACAUGAUACUGACAAUCGACGCUGAAAAGAGUAAUAUACCUGUGUAUGACGGGCAGAACUUUGUACGAGACAAUGAUGAUGUUACCAUUGUGACUUUCAAUUACCGCACGAAUAUCUUUGGGCAACCAAAUGCCCCACAGUUGGGGAAAGACAACCUCAAUUUUGGCCUCCUUGAUAUUGACGCUGCUGUUCAAUGGGUCCAUGCAAACAUCGCUAACUUCGGAGGCGAUCCGGAUCGAAUUAUUCUCUUCGGCCAAAGUGCAGGAGCGGCGGCAACCGAUGCGUAUACAUUUGCCCAUCCCAAUGACACCAUUGUCAAAGGCAAGUAUCGGCAAGCACGUAUUUUAGCAAUUACCCUAUCUGACCUUACCAUCCAAGGUGUCAUACAAGAGUCCGGAAGCAUAUCUGGUUCUGGUGUUCUGGUCAUAGCGUCUACCUCUGCCAACCAGAGCGCAUGGAAUACAGUUGCAGCAUCCGUAGGUUGUGGCCAAGCUCCGACCCCCAGCCAAUUUGCAUGCAUGCAGAAAACCGAAGCGAAUACUCUAGAAAAUGCCGUAGUCAGUACAGGUGCAACUUUUAAUCUUGUAAUUGACAACACCACCAUCUUCGCGGAUACCAAUGCACGCGCCGCGAAUGGUCAAUUCCUCCACGUACCUCUGCUCGGCGGAACUGCUGCAAAUGAAGACGAUAUCUUCAUCGUUGCACAAGAGUUAGUGACGGCGGGGAUUGUUAUUCCGUCGGUCACAGAAAUGCUGUCAGACGUUGAGACGCUUCUCGGAUUUACGUGCCCGGCUGGAGUCACAGCUCUACAUCGUAUCAACGCGAACGUUCCCACUUGGAGAUAUCAACAUCAAGCCGUGUUUCCGGAUAUCUCGACACGUCCGGACCUGCGCGCUUAUCACGCUUCCGAGAUACCCUUGGUCUUUGGAACCUACAAUGUCAGCGAUAUUCCUGCAACACAGGAAGAAGUAGCUCUGUCUCGAUACAUACAAAGUGCAUGGGUGGCUUUCGCUCGUAAUCCUGCGCAAGGCUUGCUUGACUUCGGAUGGCCAAUGUACAACCCAAACACGACCAGCCUGGCACAACUAGGAAACGCCGCGAACCAAACCGGAGUGGUUUUCACACAAGGAAACUUGGUCGAUUUUGCUUGUGGUAACCAGGCUGCACUAAUCGAAAUCCAGAAUCAACUCUUGGGCAUCUUAGGAGCCUGA